AUGGUCUUCAACCCUACCAUAGCCAUCGUGCACAAUGAAGGCUGCGACUUGCACUACUGGCAUCAGGGCCAAGGACCUCUCCUGCUAUUCGUUCCCGGCGGUAACGGCCAUGGGCGACAAUUCAACGCCAUCAUGGCGGGUCUAAUGUCGAAGUUCACCUGCGCUACCUUUGACCGCCGUCAAAUGUCCGCGAGUCAGGUCAAGGUCAACAAAAGGCUCAGUCCGCCUCAACAAGCACGAGACAUCCGCGCUAUAAUCAAGGCCCUAGGCUUCCACAAGGCCAUCAUAUUUGGCAGCAGCAGCGGGGGCAUCUUUGGGUUCCAGUUUGCGCACGACUUCCCCGAGAUGGUCGAUCACUUGAUCUCCCACGAAGCCGGCAUUACAUGCUUUUUGCCCGAUGCCACGGAGACGUACGAGCAGUUGUUCCAUCUGAAUCGUGUCUUUGAAACAGAGGGAUUGGAGGCAGCUGCUGCGCAAUUCGCCACCCUUCUGGUGGGCUACGAUGCGGAGGGGAUACCCAAGACGGUGCCGCCGGAGCCAGAGAACGUGCGGAACUUCUGGGAGAAUGAGAUGCCUUCCCUGCUGGGAUAUACUCCCAAUCUCUUGCGCAUCAAAGAGAACAAGACGAGUGUCGGCGUCAUGAGGGGGGCUCUCUGCAAGGAUGCGUUCUAUGCGCGGGCCAUUGAGGAGCAGGCCAAGGUUCUGGGAUUCAUAACCGACCAUAAUGAUGAAUACUACGAGCUGCGACGUCUGGUCCGGGCGCCUAUCUUUAAGAAGCUGCGAGAACGCGCACGGGAGGGUCACAUCGUCUUGAUGACAGCAUGCCUGGCUGAAAAUAACGAGAGGGAUACAACCUUCCUUGAAGAACAUCUUGACAUGGCGCGCGGGACCGAUGUGCCUAUUUGCUGGGUGAAUGCGCAUUGCGAUCAGAAGGCCUUGGGACAGCGCCUCAGCAGCCCCGGGCGCUACCAUGAAGCAAAGGGGAAGCUGACGGAUGUGUGCGUCCUUCGGAACCUGCUGCGGGAGCAUUCUCUCAUUGAGCCGAGCAAGAUUGCGAACGGACCGACGAAGUUGGUGGUGAAAACAAUGGACGUCACCGGGCCGAUUGAACUAUCCGUCGGCCAUCUCAUGAGCAUGAUCGGUUUUCCACAAGGUGUUGUUUCAGCAUGA